UCAAGCAACCAAGCCCUUUUAACACUCUCCGCCGCCUCUUGAUCUUCCGCUCCAAGACCUUCUAAUGCCGUCUGUUCGCCGGCCACCGCUUUGAUUGCUUCCUCGCUCUUCAUUUUGGAUCGCCUCUACCUCAUUCUCAACACUGAUCAGUGCGGGCGAGAUGGCGAGGCCCUCACGCGAAGCGAUCGACACCUUCAUCAGCAUAACUGGCGCCUCCGAGCUCAUCGCGCUGCAGAAGCUCGAGGAACAUGAUGGGGAUCUGAACAGUGCUAUUAACGCUCAUUUUGGUGAAAUAGACAGGGUUAACAUGAAUCAAGGAGUUGCUCGUCAUGAGGAUUUUGUGAACAUAGAUGAUCCUCUUGAGAAUCAGCCUCCAAGGCCCUCUCUUCCAUUAUUUCCUUCUUCGCGAGAUAUGAACCCAUACUCUAUUCUUGAUUCAACCUUUGGCCUUUUUUCAAACCUUUUUGAUGGAAGAGAUGCUUCUGGUUUCCCUACACAUGGCCCUCGGGUUUCACACCCAAGGGAAGUGAGGGAAGUGCCCAUUGAAUUCAAGGAUGACAAUAGAGAAGUUGGCACUUCUGGUAUUGGACCUAGGAUUGAAGAUGUAACUGGAAAUGAAACUGCAGACUGUCAGGAGAUUCGUGGCACUGUUAUUAUCAAUGAUGAAGAUGAGGACAUGGAUCAUGUUGAUCAUAGUACUAAUACCUUCAGGGGUACCACUUUUGAUAAUCAUAUUGGAUCAACCAUUUCUCCAGUGGUUGAUAUUGACUAUAACAAUGAUAUAGAAGAAGAAAUGAUCAGAGCUGCUAUUGAAGCCUCCAAGCGAGAAGCUGAGCAACAUGACUUGGAAAGUCACCAAAAAUCACCUGCACAAGAUGAUACUGAUCUUGCACGAGCAGUCUCACUGUCCUUGGAGGCAGCAGAGGAAGAAAGAGCAUUGCGCGGACAGUUUGGGGAGGAUCCAUCUUUUAUGGAAGUAGAAGAGGCUAGAUCUGCUGCUGCAUUUGAUACAAGGCAUGGGUUUGGUUCAGCAGAAAGUGGAACUUCAGUUCAAGUGAAUACAGAAGGAAAAAGUCCACUAGUCUUGGAUGAAACUGAGGACAUGGAGGAGCAACCUUUAUUGAGACACCGUUCCAGGCAACUUGCUCCUGUAAUUGCAGAACCUACAGGCUCUGGACAGCCAAGCUAUAGUGCUUCAGAUCCUCCAAGGCUUGAUAUUGAUCAAGACCCCCAGCUUAAUGGCCAUUCUUUUGAGAGAGAUCAGUGGGGUGGAAUUUCUUCUCAAGAGCAUGAUGAAGCUGUCAUGCUUGAGGCUGCAAUGUUUGGUGGUAUUCCUGAUGAAAGAGGGUUUCAGUUUGAAUACCCAGCUCGCCAAAUACCUCGUCCUCCUUCCCCUACACUUAUGGCACAACGCUUGUUAAGGGAGCAACAGGAUGAUGAGUAUCUUGCAUCACUUCAAGCAGAUAGAGAAAAAGAAUUGAAGGCUCAGCAGGAUGCUGAGCUCCGUAGUUUAGAAGAGGCCAAUGCCAAGGAGGCCGCCCUUCAAAAGAAGAGAUAUGAAGAAGCAGAAACUUAUAGGAAGCAUCUCGAAGAAGAGGAACUUGAGAGGAAGCUUGCUGCAAAGGCAUCAUCUUUGCCACAAGAGCCUCCUUCUGAUGAUGUGAAUGCUGUGACAUUGCUUGUGCGUAUGCCUGAUGGCAGUCGACGAGGGCGUCGUUUUUUGAAAUCUGACAAGCUUCAGUUUCUUUAUGAUUACAUUGAUAUUGGGAAGGUGGUUAAGCCUGGCUCCUACAGAUUGGUAAGACCAUACCCUCGUCGCGCCUUCACUGACGGAGACGGUGGACUUUCUUUAAGUGAGCUGGGUCUGACCAGUAAGCAAGAAGCAUUAUUCCUAGAGUUGAUCUAAAAACUGUUCUUGAUAACAUGUUGGGAAUAACUUCAACAACCAGCACUUGAAUAUCGCGUUUGAUAGCUACAAAGAAACAUCUUGUUAAAAUUGUAGCUUGCUCCUUGUUAAUACUUCAGCUGUCUUUCCCAAUCGUCCCUUGUUUAUGUUU